CCCCCGGGACCCAGAGGGGCGGCCCCCUCGUCCAGCCCAGGCCCGGCCCGGCCAUGGUGGAUGGCACCUCCAGGAGCGCCCCUUUCCACCUGGAUCUCUGGUUCUACUUCACCCUGCAGAACUGGGUCCUGGACUUCGGACGGCCUAUCGCCAUGAUCGUCUUCCCACUGGAGUGGUUUCCGCUCAAUAAGCCCAGCGUCGGCGACUACUUCCAUAUGGCCUACAACCUCAUCACGCCCUUUCUUCUCCUCAAGCUGAUCGAGCGAUCUCCCAAGACCCUGCCCCGUGCGCUGGUGUACGUCAGCGUCAUCACCUUCAUCAUGGGCGCCAGCAUCCACCUGGUGGGCGACUCGGUCAACCACCGCCUGAUUUUCAGCGGGUACCAGCACCACCUGACCGUCCGGGAAAACCCCAUCAUCAAGAACCUGAAGCCAGAGACCCUGAUCGACUCGUUCGAGCUGCUGUACUACUACGACGAGCAUCUGGGGCACUCGAUGUGGUACAUCCCUUUCUUCCUCUUGUUGUUCAUGUACUUCACCGGCUGCUUCACCCCGAUCAGUGAGGAGAGCAGGAUGCCCGGAGCGGCCCUGCUCCUAGUGGGUCCGAGCAGCCUGUACUACUGGUACCUGGUCACCGAAGGGCAGAUCUUCCUCCUCUUCCUCUUCACGUUCUUCGCCAUGACGGCCCUCGUCACGCACCAGAAGCGCAAAGGCCUCUCUCUGGACAGCAACGGACUGUUCUUGUUCUACUCCUUCGUCCUCACGUUGGUGCUGGUGGCGCUGUGGGUGGGCUGGCUGUGGAACGACCCCACCCUCCGGAAGAAGUACCCCGGGGUCAUCUACGUCCCUGAGCCUUGGGCCUUCUACACCUUGCACGUCAUCGGGCAGCACUGAGACACCUCCCCGCCCUCCCCCCACAGCCCAAGACCCCCACCGGGCGGCCCCAAGUGGGUGCCGGGCGGAGGGGGUGUUUCCAACCCCGUCCCCCACCAAGAUGGCAUCCAAGUUUCCUUGGGUCCUUUACCGAGUCUCAUUUUGUCUUUUUGACUUUUGGGGAGCUGUCUUGAAAAGCGUGUUGGGGAGGGGGUCGCCAAGGGUACCCCAACCCCUCGGGCCCGCCGGCUCCCGAGGCUCGGCCCGCUCCUCACUCAGUUGGGGACUGAACUCGGACCCUGGUAGAAGCAGCUACCUCCACAACCUCCUCCGCUCGGGCCCUGGCUGGCGACUUCCGGCCAGAGGGAGGGGGACAGGGACGGCUCGGACGGGAAGCGAUUACCUCAGGGCUCGUCAGCGGGGUGUCCGCACCAGUUCAGACUUAGGGCGGGGAAUGUGUCCGUUAUAUUGUUCUGUUGUACCCUCCCAAGAGCUUGGUACAGUGCUCUGUACACAGCGCUCAGUAAAUACGAUUGACUGACAGGGCCCAGCUUGACUUAACGGGAACUUGGGAGGGGAACCCAGUGAUUCUGGAGAAACACCCAAAAUUCCAGAGUUCCACUAGACAGCAACACAACAUCCUCUGGCAGUUUUUCCCAACUCGGGUGGCCAAAUGCCUGAAGCCAGCCCUGAGGAUCACGGGGAGGAAAAGGGCUUUGGCAAGGCGGUUUUGAUGGCAGACUCAAGAGAUGUCCCCUGUUUUUCACCCUGAGGGGACGGACAUUCCAUCCCACACCCUUUGGCUGCCCAAAGGCUCCCCCACCCCCACCGGGGUUAAUGCGUCACCAGCUCAGCAGAGCUAAUCCAACUCCCAGAAUAAGCCGAAGGAGAGGCUCCAGGCCAGAAGGUCUAGAUCCAGGCCGGACCCCGGGAGGGCCGGGGAGACGACUCCAGACAUCGGGAGGAGAGACCCAACCCUAGGUGGGAGCAGAGGUGGGUGUGGCGAAAGUCUUCCAAAUUCCCCACCCAUCUCCCCCACCUUCACCAGGAAACCCAAACAGGACCUCAGGACCCCCUGCAUGUCACUCGGGCCGGCCCUUGCAGGCCAGUAGCUGAGAGCGGUGAGAGAAAGGUGUCCGGGAUGGUCAGGGGAUGGGGAGGCUGCACUGGAGGCUCAGUUCACAGGGCCUGCUGCCAGAAAGUAGGGAGUGUGGGUGUUUGUCUGUGUUAGGGGCAGUUGUAUUGGAGGCUCAGUUCAAAAGGGCUGCGUGCCAGAAAGUGGGUGUGUGUGGAAUGAUUUAACGUGUGGGGAGGGAGGGGGAUGGACUAGGUGACCUCUGAGAGUCCCCUCCAUCUCUCAUCUCUCCCUCCCUCUAUCUCUGGGCCGCCCUCCCCACCUUCUUUCUCCACGGGAGGCCUUUGUUUUCAGUUGCGUCUCAGCAGUGAGGAUUCUGGGAGGCAAGCAGGACUCCCCGACUCGAUCCUGCCCCACACUUUCCUUGGCCAUGCCCUCUGUGGCUCCCUCCCCGCCUCAGGUAGCCAGCGCUGACUAGUGAGGUCCCAGGAUGGCCCAUUUGAAGGGAGAAUCGGCGGGAGGGGAGAUGUCCACCUCCCCAAGGUUUAUCUCUCUACUGUCAUUUCUGUUUACCCUACCCUAAGGAACAACCACAAAAGAGGAAAUUUCCAAUAAAAAAUGUUGGCUAGAG